GCGCAUUAAAAGACCGUUGAUUUACAAAAAGCAAGAUUCAAUAAAUUAGUUUUCAUGUAAUCAAGUACAGCUACAAUCUAUAAAUACAAAGGUGUCUGAUACAAAUAAGAUUGAACAUCGCUUCUGAAUUUCUUUUUUAAUGUACUGAAAUAGUGGUUUAACGUGUAUAUAUUUUCGAUUUAAUGUUGAAAAUCAUUAGUGAUUUAAUUGCCAUUUACCAUUUUUAACAUUAAAAAAUCUGUAGAGAAAAGCAUAAUUUGAACUCGAUGUUAUUCUAUAUUUUAUUUACAUAUAUUUCAAAUUUAUUGUUUGUAAAACUUUAUAUCUGUGAAUGAAAACAUUGUCAAAAUAAAAUAAUGCCGAACAGAGUAUACAUUUUCCUCUAGAUGAAAAUGAUGAUAUCAAGCUAUCAAAAUGAUCAUCAAUUAUAAACAUUUAGCAAAAAGCAAUGUCCUUACUGUUUAUUGUUUAUUUAUUUGGUAUAUAACUUUAAGGUAGAAAAAUUAUUGUUGUGAAUCAGAAAUGAAUAUUUUAAGUGCACCUUCGGGUACUCUCUUUACUUAAACUUAGCUUCUGUCAUUGCAACGGUUGUUAAAAUAGAUGAAUAAACCCCAUCUCCUACCACCAGUCGUAAAAAUUCUUUUAAUGAUAAAGAAUAUCAAAUUUUAUGACUGUAUUUUAUUCAGAGUGAUAAACACAAAGAAGUAAUGGUAGCUCCACACCCACUGAUUGGACAAGUUUAUAACUCGCCAUGUAAAUAAGUCUGAUUUACAAUAAUUUCCCUUUACAUGAAAUUGUUUUAAAUCUACAAUUUGAUUAACAUUAAAAGAUUUUCCGUACAGCUACCGUUUGACUUUUCCCACUUAUUCUAAGUGUCUAAACGCAAUGGAGCCAUUUGGAUGUUUGUUUUUGUCUUAAGCGGUCUUGUUUGGUUCUUCACGAACCUCCUUAAGCUCUCUUCACACCCGCUUAUGUCAACAAUAUUGUUUGCCUUGCCACUGUCACCCAGUUUGAGGAAGAUUCGGAGUCUAUCAUCACUGGUGCACCGCGUCUAGAAAACUCUUCGUUCACGACCUUCAAGGACACCCCUUGUCCAGAGUACAUGAUGUCACAUCCGGUUUUGUCGCCACAGUUGUUGACAGCGUCACCAUAUCAUAUUCCAAAACCAUGGCAUCGACAAUCAAUUUCCCCUGCUGACGUUUACUCCGAUGUAAAUUACCACAUGCCCUUGUCAGUUCUUCCAUAUCCAUCAUAUGUGACUUUCAACUCGCUCUCUCUGAACCAGUGGAAUUACUCGCCAAUGAUGUCACUGAUGAAGACUAGUGACGCAAUGGAAGCGAAACAUUCCCCAUCAAGUCCAGUCUCUAGCAUAGGGAUAAAGAGAGAGGAAUCUAAGAAGCCUCGUUUUGAUUUUGCCAACCUUGCAAAAUCAGCCACAGAAAAAGACGAUGACGGUACGAGCAAGGCAGAAGAUAAAAGCAAGGAACAGGAGGCCAAAAUCAUAAGCAGUGUCAUCAUAAAUUCGGGGUCUCUCAGGUAUAACCCGAUGACCAGUAGUUUCUCUCCUGUUUGUAACCUACCACCGCGAGUGUUUGCCCCUGUCAAGAGACCACGUGGACGAGGACCCGCUCGAACUAAAAAGGAAUUCAUCUGCAAAUACUGCGGACGACAUUUUACCAAGUCAUACAACCUUCUCAUUCACGAACGAACGCACACAGACGAACGUCCCUACCCCUGUGAAAUAUGUGGGAAGGCUUUCCGGCGACAAGACCACCUCAGAGACCAUAGGUAUAUCCACUCUAAGGAAAAACCCUUUAAAUGCAUGGAAUGUGGAAAAGGCUUCUGUCAGUCCCGAACUCUAGCUGUUCACAAAACACUUCACAUGCAGCAACAAUCGGGUCAAGUCAAACCCAGUAAAAGGGAGACCGUGUUGAAAGAAAAUCCCUCCAUUCAACGAUGAAAGACUUGUGGUAUCCAUCAAGGGCGGAUAACCUCAUACUGGAGCUGAAUGCCAGUCCCGGAAUUGGUGCUAAUGUCUUUAGGACCUUCGAUUCCAAGGAACUACGACACUCUCCGAGUGACAAACCGCGGCCGAGUGCAAUAUGUUAUUUUACAACUUUAGCUGCUGAGAAGAACAUGAUAGAAAUUUAAUAAAAAUGAUAAUUAUUA